ACAGAUGGUGUAGGAAAAUAAGCAUCCCCAGCCACUUUUCAACUAACAUGGAGGCAAGCUCACAGCGCAGUUUGCCGGAAGUCAAUAGAGAAAUACUCCGUAUUUGAAAAUAAGAGUUUGAGCGGGGUAGUAGUUUGUUCUUAAAAUCAGAACAGCUUCCAUAUUUGGUUGAUAUCGAUCAAGUUCAAUAGAAAGAAAGGUGAACCGCAAGCAAGUAAGACUAUUAUCUAGCUGCUAGUGUGAUAUGGGUCAAGUGCAGAGUGGGGACGUAGCUGCUGCAGCAUCAGCCGAUCAAUCUCACACUUCUACCGCUACUCAAACUGCUUCAUCGCCCACCGAUUCCGCGCUCCACCAGUCUUUGCCGCAGCCUUCGCUUGAUUCAUUAAUUGCAGAAGCUGCAGCUUAUGGAGCAGAUGGUGAUAAUGAGUCACUUGAUGAGAAGGCUGAGAAAGCUCUGGAAUGUCCUUGCAUUGCUCACCUCAGGAGUGGUCCCUGUGGUUCACAGUUCUCUGAUGCUUUCCUCUGUUUCCUCAAAAGCACAGCUGAAGAAAAGGGCUCGGACUGUGUUCAUCCUUUUGUGGCUCUGCAGAACUGUAUAAAGACAAAUCCAGAUGCAUUCUCAAAGGAUAUCCUUGUUGAUGAUGAGGACUCCCACAAAGAAGAUGCCAGUAAACAGGACGAAAUUCCCCCAAAACAACAUAGAAUCAUUCCACCAAUGUGGUCUUCACAAUCGAAAGGGGCAAAGCACAAGUCAUAGAGGGUUAUUAUGCCUUUUUACUCUCUACUAUAGGGUCCUAAUUGAAUGUAGUAGCUCUCAAAGCCAAAUGUAUACUCCCCUUCUGAAAUAGAUAUGCAU